AUGGCGAGACGCAAGAAAAGCAACCCAAAGCCAGCUGCUAAAUCGACGGUGGUUGUAUCUCCAGUGUUCCAGACGGUUGGAGGUCAGCAGUCUGAAGUCGAUGAAGCUAUUCCGGAGGAGAUGGAAGAAGUUUUUACUAAUUCGAUGUUGGAUUUUCCUGAAUCUGGAUUUCAAGGUCCUUCUGACUUUGAUGGAACACUUGUUGGAGGUAGGAAAUUAGACGAUGUAGAUGAGGAGAUGACUGAGAAUGCAGGUAAUUUUCAAAGCCAGGCAAGGGAUAAAUGGUCUCAGUUCAGAGCCUUGCUUCCUAAUCAAGGAGGGGCAAAACUUAGAUUCGAGGAACCAAUUGUUCAAGAGGGCCAACGAAUUGCUCAAGUUGAUUUGGAUGAGGUCCAAAUUGAAAGUUUAUUCUGGAGUUCAGCGGUGGUUUGUCAGGUUCUUGGGGCUAACCCUCCGUUUGCUGUUUUCGAAGGUUUUAUCAAAAGGAUAUGGGGUAAACUUGGCAUUGAGAGAAUUGCUAGGUUGAAUAAUGGGUUAACACUUGUUAAUUUUCGUGAUGAAGUCACUAGGGAUCUGGUUUUGGAAGCUGGGGUGUUACAUUUUGAUAGGAAGCCAGUGAUAGUGAAGCCUUGGUCUGCCGAUUUGGACACUCUGAAGGCAGUGAAGUCAGUUCCUGUAUGGGUUAGAUUGCCAGGUCUUGGGCUGCAAUAUUGGGGCACUAAGUGCUUGAGUGCUCUUAUGAGCACGAUUGGGGUACCGAUCUUGGUAGAUAAAGUUACGAAGGACAGAUCUAUGAUGCAGUUUGCUAGAGUUUUAGUGGAGAUAGAACUUUUGGAGGAUCUCCCUAAAUCGGUUCAAUUUCUCAAUGAGAAAGGGCAGUUAAUGGAGAAAUUUCUGGAGUUUGAGUGGCUUCCUACCCAGUGUAGGGGGUUUAAAAUUUAUGUCCACACUGAAAGAAUGUGUAAUAAGAAGCCAGCUGAGACUUGGAGGCAAAAAACCAGAAUUGGGGAGGAUGAGGCCAGGCAAGUCCCUAUGGAUCAGACGGUUGUUUCAGAGGUCAAAGAGGCAGUGAAUCCUGAGACUGGACCUUUUGUUGCAGUAAAUGGGAAUGAGGAUACCGAGACUCAUACUAUGAGUACUAAGGAGUUGGACAAGCCCCAGGAGAGUUCAAAAACUGUUCCUGAAUCGUCUGUUGUAAACCAGACUCGGACACCAGUUAUUAAGACCACUGAAGGAGGUAUUUCGGACUGGGUUACCCCUAAACGGGUUGGUGGGAAUAAGAAGGCUAUCCAUAGGGCAAAGAACACUUUGACGAAUUCCUAUAGUGCUUUGCAAGAUAAGGUUAUGGAGGUUGCAAAUUUGGGACUAACAUCAACAAGUGCCUUGUUGGAGACCAAACUUCGGGGUGAUAAGAUUAAGAAGAUGAUGCAAUCUUUUUUCAAAGGCUGGAGCUUUUUUUCUGGUUCAGUUUCAGAAGGCAGAUUGUUGCUUAUUUGGCAGCAAAACUUGGUGUCUGUAGAUGUUCUUAAAGAAACAGACCAGUUACUUCAUGCUUAUGUCAAGAGUAUAAGGACGAAUAAAUCGUUUUGUAUGACGUUUUUUUAUGGUAGAAAUUCAAUUGAGGAAAUAGUGGCACUUUGGAGGGAUUUGACUAAUCUUUGUUUUCCAGCUGCUGCGUGGCUGUUAACUGGAGAUUUUAAUGCUGUUUUUGAGAGUGCGGACAGAGUUGGUGGUCGUGCUAUAUCUUCCCUUAAAUUAUCUGAUACUCAAAAUUGGAGGGCCUUAGGGUUAGUUGAUGAAUUGCGUACUAGAGGGUCUCAUUUUACUUGGACUAAUAAACAGGCGAAUGAUGACCGAAUUUACUCGAGAUUGGAUAGAGUUUUUAAGAAUGAAGAUUGGUUGGACAUUUUCCCUCAAUCUGAGGCUGUGUUCAACUGGGAACUUCACUCUGACCAUUACUACUGCAUUAUCAAACCAGAAGUUUCUGUUAACUAUGGUGUUAAACUUUUUAGGUUCUUCAAUAUGUGGACUAAUCAUGAACAUUUUAAGUCUACUGUCAUGCAAAGUUGGUGUAAACCUAUUCGAGGGACUGGGCUGAGUGAUCCUCACUCGAUUAGUCUUCAAAGACUUGAAGCUGCAGCAGGUGAUAAGCUGGAGUACCAUGCCAGAAUUUAUGAGAGCUUCCUGAGACAGAAAAGUAAAGUGGACUGGCUGCGGUUUGGUGAUGACAACACGGCUUAUUUUCACGCCUGUCUAAAGCAAAGGAGAGCCUCUAACUGUAUCACUUCAGUAGUAACUAAAUCUGGUCAGAGUAUUGAAAAUUUUGAUGCUGUUGUUGAUCAUUUUGUGACUCAUUUCCAGAAAAUUAUGGGAAGUAAGAGCAUGGCCUCUAGAUCUAUUCAGAAAUCUUGUUUUGAGCUCGGUCAUAAACUGACCCUGGAACAGCAGGUUGGCUUAGUAAAGCCAUUCUCUACCAAGGAAGUUAAAGAUGCGUUUUUUAGCAUUAACUCUAUUAAAAGUCCGGGGGCUGAUGGGUUUGGCCCGGGCUUUUUCAAAGUACUUUGGAGCGAGUUAGAGGCUGAAAUCUCAGCAGCUAUUCUGGAUUUCUUUGAGUGUGGUAUUCUGCCAGAGGAAAUUAAUAAGGCUACUAUUUCCUUGAUCCCUAAAAUUGAGACUCCUUCUCGGGCAGCGGAUUAUAGGCCUAUUGCUUGUUGUAAUUCUAUUUACAAAUGCAUUUCUAAAAUGCUUUGUAGUAGAUUGGCAUCGGUGCUUCCAAGUCUGGUCCAUCAAAAUCAAGGAGCCUUUGUUAAAAACAAGUUAUUGGCGCAUAAUAUUCUUAUUCUUCAGGAUAUUAUUAAAGGCUAUAAGAGGAAAAACAUUUCCCCUAGGUGUGUUUUGAAGAUUGAUUUGAGCAAAGCCUAUGAUAUGUUAGAUUGGAAUUUUUUGGAGGAUAUUCUAACUGAAUUUUGUUUUCCGGCUAAAUUCAUCAAUUGGGUCAUGGAUUGCUUGAAGGAUCCAACCUAUUUAAUUCUUAUGAAUGGAAAGGUUCAAGGGGAGUUUAGAGGUCGGAAGGGGCUAAGGCAAGGGGACCCGAUUUCUCCUUUGUUGUUUGUUUUAGCUAUGGAAUACUGUACCCGAUUACUUCAGCAAGCUUCCAUGGACAAGGGAUUUCGGUUUCAUCCUAAAUGUAAGCACCUUAAAAUUGUCAAUCUCUGUUUUGUAGAUGACUUGGUCAUUUUUUGCAAGGGGGUCAAUAGUUCGGUUCAGAUUAUUAGGGAGAGUUUUAAUGCAUUCUGUUGUGCUUCUGGUUUGACUACCAACAAGGACAUAUCUCAGGUUUAUUUUGGUGGUGUAGCUGAAAAAGAGACUCAAAAAUUGCUUGAGGGGCUCCAAUUCACUGAAGGUCAUUUCCCCUAA